AUGUCUCGCGUCGCGCUAGCCGCCAGCAUCACCCACGCCCUCGUGGCUGUUGGGCAUACUGUCCACGGCCUCAACACCUUCUCCCUCCCCGCAUGGACCUCUCUUCCCGCGCUCCUGCGCUGCUACGCCAAAGCGGGCUGGUACCAAGGCAGCGUCUUCUUCGGCAUCACCGCGCUGUAUACCUAUCAGCUCUCGCAGCGCGACCCGGCGACACAGUGGACGGCAAUCGACCGCGCCAUCACGGCCUUGACAGUGGCGCUGUACUGGGCUUCUAGUGCGUGGUAUGUGAGGCAUGGGGACCGCGCGACGGGCAUGGUUACGGCGUUUGGGGGGUUGAUGGCGGCGGUGACUUGGUCACAGUAG